CGCGGAUUGAAACAGAUUGAACGACUCCACGGGUCGCGAUGGCUACUCUACCGCAAGGACAGCAAGUUUUGCAGUUUAGUUAAACAAGUUCUAUGUGAGGAACACGACGGACGGAAUCGUCUAAGCCACACUUUUUUAAUGUGAGACACUCGUUGGAUAACAGAAAAAUGUCCCAGGGAUGUAUAACUUCUGUGGAGGAGAUCCAGUCUUGGUGGGAAGUCCCCGCUGUAGCGCACUUCUGCUCUCUCUUCAGGACGGCGUUCAAUUUACCAGACUUUGAAAUCGAGGAACUUGAGCAAGCACUACUGAAACAAGACCUAGACUUCCUCUCAGACCUCCUCUGCUCCCUGCUAAAAGGAUGUUACCAGCGCAGAGACAUCACGAUUCAGUCCUUUAGCAGCUACCUGCAAGACAUUAUCAGUUACCGCUGGGAACUGGAAGAAGGGAAGGCCAAUCCACUGAAGGAGCACCCAUUUGAAGAGCUGCCACCACGCACACAGGUGGAAGUCUUGCACAGACUCUGUGACUAUCGUCUUGAUGCUGCUGAUGUCUUUGACCGGCUCAAGGGCCUGGAUUCAGACAGUUUACGUGUUGAGCCUCUGGGCCAGGAUGGGAAUGGGGCCUGCUAUUGGUACUUUUAUGGUACACGGCUGUACAAAGAGGAGCCAGUCGAAGCAGUGUCUCCCCAAUACAGUGAUAGUUACGACAAAGUGACAGAAAAGAAAAGAAGAUGGAGGCCACCAAAGAAAUCUGAAGAUAGACUGGCCAUGGAGGAGGAGGGGGAAGACUCUGUGAAGGAAGAGGAUGAAAGUAUUGAGGAGCCCAAGCCUGCAAUAGAGCGUGAGCGUGGAGCCUGGUCUCUGGUGUGUAACUCAGAGGAGCAGUGGGUCAAUCUGGCCGAAAGUAUUAAGGACAAAAUCUCUCCUCAGGACCGGCACCUGUACCGUAUCAUCACUCAAAACUUCCUGCCUGAGAUCAGUAACAUGAUUGAACAAAAGGAGAAAGAGAUGAAGCAUAAACUACUGAAUCCGCCCAAGGAACACAACAGCCAUCACAACACUGAACAAAAUGGCAGCAAAGAGAAUGGGACACAAGCCACAUCUGAGGUGGACAAGCAUAGGGAGGAGGACCUGGAAAGGCAAGUCCUGCUCGCUGAACAACGGAAAGAAGAAGAAAGACUGCUUCAGGAAGAACGGGAGAGAGAGGAACAGGAGCGAGUCAAAGCUGUCGAGGAACGUGCACGUAGAAGGAAGCAGCGAGAGGAGAAGGCCUGGCUGCUCUCUCAAGGAAAAGAACUUCCCCCUGAGCUGCUGAAUAUGGAGACUCACUCUAGUCGCCGAGCACGUCGCACCAAAGAGCUUUAUGACAUAGACGAUGAUUACACUGCUCUCUACAAAGUGUUGGAGGCCCUCAAAGCUCACAAAGAUGCCUGGCCUUUCAUGGAGCCUGUUGAUGAGUCUUAUGCCCCCAACUAUCAUGAAAUCAUACAGACUCCAAUGGACCUGUCCACCAUUGAAAGAAAGCUGAAUGAUGGGGAGUACAUGGCUAAGGAUGAGUUUGUGGCCGAUGUAAAGCUUAUGUUUGAGAACUGUCUGGAAUACAAUGGAGAAGAGAGUGAAUAUGAUGGUAUUAUAAUGUCUGAGUCCUUGGAACGCUGCUUAACAUAACCGAACGGCCCUUUGAACUGAAUUGUGGCAUCUAAUCGCCCUGCUGAGGAUGGCGACACGGACAAUAAUGGAGUUUCACUUUAACCGGGCCCUACUGAAGCUGCUGAGGUGACGCAGUGGGACCGCAAGGAUAAGAAAAAGAGCAAAAGUCACAAAGAGUCGGGUCCUGAGAGCUUGAUCAGAGUCACUGAGCAAGUUCAAAAACGCAAAACGUCCAAUAGUGGAAAGGGAAAUUAUCAGCAACAAGAUAAACCCACAUAUACUUUACAACACCCUCCCCCACACUACAUCAACGGUCCCCCACAUCCUCAUAACAUCCACCCAGGACAGCAACAGUCUGGCAUGUUACAUCCCGUUCAACAGUUUCAACAACCUGCAGGACCAGGAAUGUAUGCUCAACGAAUGAUGAUUGACCCCCAAUAUCCAUAUCCUGGACAGAGACCCCUCAUGUCCAGGCCACCAGUGGAUCAUGGAACUCAGCAUAUACCUCACUACAGCAUGCAGGGUUCCCACAUAAAUGGUCCAAAUCUCGGUCCUAGAUACCCAAUUGGACUUGGUCAACCACUACAACAUCCACAUCAGCAAAAAUCUUAUCCUGGUCCUACUCAUGGUCCUUCUCUUGGCCCAAGGCCAAUGACCCUUCAGCCUGGAGGCCUCUGUGCCCCUCCACCUGAAGGCAACAUGUACCCUUCAUGGCAACAUCCAGAAAGGCAGUCCAUGCAGCCUGUGGGGAACCGGUAUCCCAGGCCAGGUAUUCCAAUGCAUAGUUCCUACCCUCCUUAUGGCCCCCAUAGCAUGAAUGUGCCCAGGAUGUGGCCACCCAUGAACAAUCAGGGGCAGCAGACACCUGGUGGACCUAUGAUGCAAGAACAGAGUGCAACUAGCCAACAUCCAUACAAUAACAACAUGAUCCAUCCUCCACACAGUACUGGUUAUGCAGUGACAGAUGGUCAAUAUAGAAUGCCCUCUGUCAGCUCCCAAAGUCCCAUUGGCCAAAGACAACCAGGGGCGCUUCAGGUAUUAAGGCCACAUUUGGCUUCCAUGCUUGAUAGUCCAGAGAUGAUUGCCCUCCAGCAGCUCUCUGCCUCAUCUUCUCAACAGGAUGAGACUUUUCAGCCCACCCCAGAAUGUGGUGGUAAUGCUUUGGCUUCUGCUGCUUUGUCUUCUCCUGAAAACCAGUUCAUCAGGCCUUCUAUAGAUGGUGCUACAGACAUCCAGCACACUCCCAUAUCCCCCAAAGGUUCAAGUCCAAAAUCUGGUGAUAAACAAUCAACUGGAGAAAAUGCCUUGACUGAAGCUGACAUGCGUUCUCAUCCUAAUCCAACAGAAAAAUCUGAGCAACCACUUCUAGGAACAGCUCCAGCAUCAGUGUCCGAUUCAAGCACAGAAGAUCCCAGUCAGAAUGAAGAGAAACAUAGACUGUCAAAUCUAGAGAAAAUACACAACAGUGACCACCCAAAUUCUCAAACCCAACCAGGUCGCCCACAGCAAAAAUCUGUGAAUGACUCUUCAUUACCCCUAAAUGGUCCUCAGCCAAUGCCUCAUAAAUCCCCAGAUGAAAUCCCCCAGUAUCCCUCUCAACAAAUCCAUAAUAACGUUCCACCACAGUUUAUUCAGAAUGGUUCUCAACGACAGUCUCAGAAUGUUCCUUCACAUAUUCUGCAGAAUCUUUCUCAACAGAUGCAACAAAAUGAAUCUCAUCAGUAUCCUCAGAACAGCUCACAGCAAAUACCACACAAUGGACCAGUCAGAGGGCCACAGGUGGGACCUCUUCAUGGAAUGCCACAGAUUCCACCUCAGGGGGGUCAGCCCGGUGUUCAUCAGCCUGCUACCCUUAGCUCUCUACCUCCUAGCCACCCUGUAUCGCAUCCACUUGCUCAACCCUCUCCAGCUGAUCAGGGAGACCAAAGACCUUGUGAGCCUACCAGCAGGAAAGUGUCAGGUGGGAGUACAGCCUCCAAGGAUAGCAGCAAUGCUGACAUGAGGAAUGAUCAUGCCAAUGGACUUUACAAAUCACAGCCCUUCAGUCCAGAGUCACAAACCCAACUAGGAAGGCAGGAGCUAGCACCUCUUCACAAUCAGGCUCUUCCAAUACACACUCAGGGUCCAGAGAGUAACAUUGUGACCCAAUACGGUGCAACUGAGCCAGUACAUCAACACUUUGGCCCACAGAUGGGUGGAGCAUUAAACCCGCCAAAUCACCAGCCUUACCCAAACCAGGGACCACUAUCACAGGGAAAUAACCCUCAUCAAAAUCCUGUACACUAUCCUGCUUAUCACCAGCAAGGUGUUUCAUACCAGUAUCGCAUGGCCACACAGCAUCCUCAAGGCCAAUCCAGCAUGUAUCCUCAGUUCCAGCAGCAGCAGUUCUAUCAGCACCCCCGACAUGGCCGACCUGGAUUUCCAUCUGAGGAGUGGCCUAGACCUCUGUAUCACCCUCAGCACCCAAUGAUGCCCAAUUCUUACCCAUCACCAUCCACUGGUAGUUUUAAUGGCCGACACAAGGACAAUAGCGUGUCUCCACAUGGCUCUGAUCGAUCUGCUGGAAGUUUAAUGUCACCUAUUCCUUUACCUGAUGGGUCCCAUAGCAGUGCAUUGGAAAACAGAGAGGAUGGCAGCCCUGCCAAGCAGGCAAGGACUGAAGAGCCUUCUGAACGGUCUGAGAGCCCAAAGGAGAUCUUGGACCUGGAUAGCCACAAUGCUACAGCCCGACAUCGUACUUCAGCUCAGCCACAUCCCAGUUUCCCAUAUGAGUCACGAGGCAUGCAUCCCAGCAUGCAGCAGUUUCCCAGUGGACAUUUUGCACCACAGCAUCCUCAUCCACAUUUGAUGGAAGCUUUACAGAGACCCCAGCACCUGCCUUUCUCUCCAGGCCAAACUCGCAUGGCUAUGUACAGGCAUCCAAAUGUUGCAGGGCACUUCCAGGGAAUGAUGGUUGCUCAAAGAGCAGUGGUUGCAGAACACUUAUUUCACACUGGGCACCAGAUGUUGAGUACAGCAUCUCCCAAUGGCCCAGGUAAUAAACAAGGAGUAUGAAAAGUAGGAUUUCACAGACAUGCUCCACUACCCACCUAGAAGACUUUAAGACACUGAUAACCAGUCCUUGUCUGGACUAGGCACUCGCAGUCAGUGUGGAGGGAAAGGAAUAACUUGCAGUACCAAGAAGUGGGACCACUGACCAAGGAAGAGCUGUGAAUCUUCAGUCCUGUUUAUUGUUCCAUAAUAUUGGUCUACAGCUUUUCUUCUCAGCCUGGAAUGUCUCUUUGGCCUUAUUCCCUACAAAGGAACAAUAUAUCCAGUCUCCUUUGCAUGGGCUGUUACUUAGGAAGUAAAUAAACAAUUUUUUUCCCAGUCCAUGAGAAUAGCAAGAUAUGAUUUACCAGUUUGUGUUCUGGUUCAAAGUUAAACUCAGGUGUAGUAAAGAAGGUACUGAGGCUACUAGAGCUUUUUCCAAGCUCUGUGGACAAACUAAACUCGGUUACCUUCAUGUACUUGUUGAAUGUUCUGUUGGAAGAUUUUAGAUGUAGUCGUAGUAGUAACUCAACUUAAGGAAUAAAAGAUUAAUCUUCUGCUCCAAUACGAAACACCACACUUGGAGUGUUUUAAUGAGGUGAUGCUCAUCUCAACUAAAACACAGUAUCAGCUUGAUUUCUGGUGAUGUGCAUUCUUUUAAUGCAGCCUCAAUUUAAAGAUUGUCUUUGAUUUUCUUAGACUGGCAGAGAACUUGGCUUCUCUAUUUAUGCACUAGGAAUAGUCUUUCAUACUGGAAUUAGUGGCCUUGGGCAUAAAUUAGAUGUGUGCUCCUUUGUAUGGGACUAAAUUCUAACUUUUCACUUGUUGUCUUGUUCCAUACUGAUGUGUCCUGCUAGUUUAUGUGUGCACAGAAUGAACUAGAUUUCAGAUACUGAGGUAGUCAUCUUUCACCUCUUAAUAUCUACAAAGUCUUCUAGUAAUCCACGGCUUUUGGGAUUCCUUGAAGGCUGGUUUAUUGUUGUCACCCAAUAUCAUUCAUCACUGGCCAUCAAUCUUAAAAUGUUUUUUUUUUUUUUACAUAUUGGAUUGUAAAUUGAAUUUUUGUCACAAUUGACAACCAGCUGGAGUCGCAAUACUAAAAAUGCAUUAGAUGAGAGAAUAUAUAUCAGCCUUAAAACUGACUUGUAAAAGUACAAUUUUUGCUCCUUUUAUCAAAUGGGAGAAAUGUGGAUGUGCUCAUAUUUUACAUGAAUGCUUCCUCUUUUAAUUUAAUGUUCUGAAUAUGUCCUCAGGGUGUAGAGGUUUUUAUACGGGUAUUGUCAAUAGAAUAUUCAUUGAAAAAAAUGCCAUGAAAUGUCACUGGAACUGUGGUUAACUUAAAUUAAUCUGUGAUCUUCAGUAUAGACACAGGAACCAGGUAAGCAGUACUUGGGGUUAAUGGCAUCUGUCACACUGUUCUUUGAAUUACUCUAAUAUUUGUUUUAAAUGGAUGUUUUUUUUUUUUUUUUUUUUUUUUAAUUGGGGAAGGAAAGAUGGACUUGCUUUGUUCAUUUUAAUUGCUUCUACUAUUGUCUUGCACUAAAUGAAUUGCUUUGAAUAUCUGUUUGUUUUUUUAUGUGUCCUCUUGGUCUUGUCGACAAACCAUUAAAAAGAAACCACAAUUUGUGAGAAUAUGGCAGAAAGAAUAUCUACCUCAUAAUGCCAGAAUGUGGCACAUUGUCCAAUCCAAUCUUUUUUUUUUUGUCACUUGUUUAUAUACUUCAAAAUCCUUUUUCAUGAUUUACAGCUUGAUCUGUACAUCAACACUAUAUAUAGCCUUAAUAUGUUCACUUGCAACACCGAACGGUAAUUAUUAAUUUAUCAGUGCCAAGUUUGAACAUGAUUAAAAUAUCUGCAUUCCACUUUUUUUAUUGUUGGUGUUUAAGUGGUGUAUCAACCAUAAGUAAAAUGAAGGCAACAUUCCAAGUUUAAAAUUUUGCCCUCAUUGUGCCAUUUUGUGGAAUCCACACAUUGAAGUGGAGAUAAGGUUGUACACCUCGUACGAAGGAUUUGACAGUGAUUUUUGUGGUACACGGAGAUAAUUUUCCCAGAAACCUAUGAUGGUGCAAAAUGUUGUACAGUAAUAUUUUAGUAUUUUUGUGGACAUGUGAACAGUUUAUAUGUAUUUUAUGAACUAGGGAUAUGGAAAUACUAGCAGCUGUGAGAUGACAUGGACAUUGUCCACCAUUUUGUACCAGUCUUUGCUAAUAAGUGAAGAUGUAUCACUUUAGCAGUCUGUCAGAGGACUGUCCUACUCCACUGUUAAUAUGUUAAGGAAUUUAGUUGUAAUGGACUACAGGAAUGUGUGGGUUUUGCUGUGUACAGGUGUUUUUUAUUUUAUUUUCUUUCACUUAUUGCUGGGUACUGGGUAACAGAUCUGUAUCUCUUGAAAUCCACCCUUCAACGUCUCUGCUGUCAUCUAUUCUAUCUGUACUAGUUAAGAAACUAGUUAGUUAAAUGUGAAUCAUAUUUAUUUGCUCUUGGGAUUUGUACACUUUUGUCUUUUUUUAAUAUAAAUGUGUCCUCAUGUUUGUUUUGAAACUGUUCACUUUAAUGAAGAUGGCAUCCAAAACGACACCUGUAACUUUUAUUAUGUAAAGUUUACAAGUUCUUACCUGACUGACGAAUUAUUUUGGAAAUGGACCGAAGUAUUUUCUAUACUGUACAUUUCUUAGAAUAAAUUACGUUUCAUUA